UUAUCACUUUUUUUAUGUAUGUGCGCUUCUUUGAAGGUAGAAAGUAUAACAAAAAUAGAUCCAUUCUGGCAAUAGUCAUGAGGGUUUUAAGUGUUUUCUUAUUUUUUAUACUUGUUAUUUUGCAAAUAUGUGAAGGACUUCAGACAUAUCGUAGUGGCUCUAUUGGUUACCAGGGUUACCGUCAUUCAGUCAACGUAAACGUUGGUUUGAAAUUCAGAUACUGUAGAUUUGUAUGUUUGGAAAAAUGUGGUAGCAUGUCCAAAAGAAGCGCUGAUCCCGUAGAAGAAAAAUCAAUAAUACCCGAGGGGUUCUAUUGGAGGGAUUUUUAUGGUAUGAUACCACCCGAUGCCUAUAUUCUGGGUGAUUCUUCUCAAAAACCUCAAACUUAUAUCGGUUUGGUAUAUGAUCCAGGACAUAAUGGUACCUUCGUCACCACAAUUUUUGAUGGUACUCCCUAUGUAUAUAACCCUUUUAAAGGAAAAACAUUCAAACUGACGGAAAAUAUCAAGAUUUUAUGCACAUUGCAACCUCGUAGAUUAGUUUGGAUGAAAUUGACCCAAGAAAUACUCGACGACUUGUGGGAGAAGGCGGAUAGAAAGAACGUACUUGGAGGUUAUCAUGUCGAAUUAUCAAAUGAAAAUCGAACGAAAACUACAUUUCAUUACAUCGUUAAAUAUCCCUCAAAAACAACGUAUGUUGGUUAUGUAAGCAAACUCAAUGAUACUAUGGAAUAUGCGAAACAGGAUGGUACAGUUGGUACAACAAAAAAUUUCGAGUGGCUCAUGUUCCUAAACAAAGAACCUGGUAAUGAAACCAUGCAGAUGAAACGCUUAUGUAGCCAUUCCUUUGAAUUUUCCUACAAGUUAGGUUCAAUACCCAAGUUCUAUAGAAUAAUCAACUGGGCUUCAUGUACUUAUACAUGCUCAGAAGGUGACCAAACCGAAAUAAAUAAGUUUAAAACAAAUAAGACACUGAAGGCAUCUAUGGAAUAUUACUGGAAACCAAGAAUAGCUUUCAGUGAAGAAGAAGCCUUCAAGGCUGGAUACAGUCAGAGUUAUCCAAAACUAUAUAUAGGACAAUCUUUCGUUGAUCCCGAUAUAUUUGACGUUGGUUAUGCGUCAGAACAUUAUACACACUUGAUGAGGGGUACUAAGUAUAUUAUAGGAGAAGGAAUAGUUUAUAACAUUUUCAGUACAACAAAUCCUGAUAAGUUCGAAUGGAUAAAUACAACGUCGACGGAUUUUUCAUGUUUGGAUAAAGAUCGAAUGAUACCUGGGGGCAGCCUCUCUAAUGGUUCAAAAGCCUAUAUUGGUAGAGAAAUCCCAACGAAAGAAACUUACCCUGGAUCCAUUCAUGUGACAAAAGAUGGAGCCUUUUUAAUUUCUUUCAAUGACAAACCUCUGGAGUUUCAAGUUCUAAUGCUCAAAGAAGAAAAAUAAUUUGAUGUUUUGAAGAUAAUAUUCCAUAAAUAUAAUGAAAUAUAACAUCACUUUCAGAAU